UGCAAUGCACUCUAGAUGUGCACUACGACGUGACGUAUCCGACGGAAAAGAACUCGAAGGAGAGCCUGAAGAAACAUAUGAAAAUACUAAAAUAUUUGAAGAUAAAGGUGAUGGAGUUAUACUGCAUCAGGGUCAUCCUUGUCAUCAAAUAAAACUUGAAAAGCAAUUCCAUGAUGAAAACAAGCAUUGUCAAGCGUGCGUGCUUCCGUUCUACGGUGAUGGUAAUGUGUAUUGUUGUAUGCAAUCAUGCGAUUUCAUUUUACAUGAAUCAUGUGCAUAUCUUCCCCGGGUGAAACAAUUUAUGCUACAUGUUCAUCCAUUGAUUCUAGAGCUCGCGUAUACCACAAGUUGCUUCAUGUGUAGGAAAUGUGACCGUAACUCAUGCGGUUUCGCGUAUGUGUGUCCGAUCGAGAGGUGUGAUUGGAAGCUAGACACGCUGUGUGCUUAUAUUUGUGAGCCGUUUAAUCAUUACUCUCAUCCACAUCCCUUGCUCAUAACUUGUGGUGAAUACACAAGCAUGUGGUGUUUCAUUUGUCGAUACCGACAGGAACAAUCUUUAAAUUGUGUUGAAUGCAGUUUUGUUCUGUGUUUUCGUUGUGCCACUCUUCCACAUAAAUUAAGGUACAAGCAUGAUGAGCAUUUGCUCGUUUUUUCGUACAAAGAACAUGCAGAUGAUGAUGAACUUUACUUGUGCGAAAUAUGCGAAAAAGAUGUAAUUCCGCAGAAAGGAUUAUAUGCCUGCAACGAGUGUGAAGUCACCCUCCACGUCGACUGUCUAUUGGGAAGGGAUCCGUAUAUGAAAUCCGGACAAACUGUUGUUACAUUUGGCAAGGAAACGAUUCAUUAUCUUCCAAACACUCAUCCAACUAGACCUAUAUGCAAAAUUUGCGGAAGGCAUUGUCCUUACAAAAUAAAGAUAAAGACAUCUAAUGGAGACCUUUUCUGUUCUUAUACUUGUUAUCAGGAACACUUAUAUAAUCUCUAGGUAUUUAGAGAUUUCUUUAUAAGUUAAUAAGCUGUA